AAAAUGAAUGACGUCACGGCGAGAGUUCAAAGAUGGCGGCGGUCGGGUGCAUGGAAAGUUGUGGACAAGAUAGUGAAGAAAGCCAAGAGGAUAGCGUCUCUAAACUGGAACGAUAUAGCAGAAAAAAUGGAUUAAAUCAUCGCUGUUUAUGUACCCAAAGUUCUGUUGAAUGCAAUAAAAAUAAAAGUGUUUUUCAAGAAAAAAAUCAUAAACUAAAUGGCUUAUUGAAACAAAAUUCAUUCACAAAACCGUCUACCCCGGCACUUCGAUCUCGUAGUGAGCGGAAUUCUGUGGGAUGUGAACCACCAAAAAGAAGGAGAAGGUCGUCAAGACAUGAUAAAAUCGAUGUGAACAAUGCGACAAUCACAGAAGAAAAAGUCCAGAAACAGUUAGGUCUAUCAUGCCUUGAUCUCAUUACAGUGAAAAGAAAUGGUGAUUCAUGCUUUACAGAUGAUAUGGGGAACGACAGUUGUUCUGAUCUGCUUACACCAGAUGCUUCUCGAUCAUGCACGCCGCUGUCUGUCGCAGGAAGUUGUGUGUCUAGUCAAAUCAGCAAGGACUCUCGGACCCCUGACGUCCAAGAGAGUUGCAAAGAGACCCCUUCUCUAUGUAAAUGGAAAAACUGUGAUAUAUCUUUAGAUUCUUGUCGUCUUAUGGACCACUUAAAACAUUGCCAUGUAGAACAGCAAACGGGUGAAAAAUUUCAUUGUCUGUGGGAGGGGUGUAAAGUUUACAAUCAAUCUUCUAGUUCUAAAUCUUGGUUAGAGAGACAUAUUUUGACACACAGUGGUGACAAACCAUUUAAAUGUAUAUUUGAUGGCUGUUACUUAAGGUUCACGUCGCAGAAAGCACUGGAACGUCAUGUAAAUACCCAUUUCAAUGCAUUACAACACACUAGCCAGAAACCAUCAAAACCUCGGGAAGACACACCAACCAAACAGUAUAGGAAAAGAAGGUGUAAAAGAAAAAGACCUUUAGUGAAAACAACCGAUUACUUUGACCCUGGCAUCAUGGAAAGGUUAUCAGACCAGGUGACUUUUGUCACAAACAAAACACAAAUUGAUCUCAAUGGCAGCUCAGACUCAGUCACAUUCCAUAGCACAGUAAUAGCCAGAAGAACAGAAGACAGCUGUAAAGCCAAGGUUUUAUUACAAUGGACACCCAGGAAUGUAAUUCCUGACUCCUGGGUAUCAGAAAAAGAAGCUAAGUCUUUAUCAACCUGUGUCAUUCCACUCAGAAAACUACCUCGUGACUCAGUCACGGCGUUACAUCCAUCCUUGUUUAGUCACCAUCGCUACAGAAGACAUAGGCGGAAGUGAUGACAUUCAUCUUCAUCAUCAACACAAAGAAGAAGAUAUUUUAUUAAUCAUUAUUUUGACCAAGUAUUUUAGAUUCCGUUGAAUCUCAGGGAUAAAAGUUGAUCAUUGAAGGCUGACAAUACUGUUCCGAAUAUGUUCUCAUUCAUGUCAUACGUGUGAUUUAUAGCGUGAUUGGUUAAACAAGUCCUUUUCAAAUUUCCACUUAAAUGCACAUGCUUUUGUUUGCAUAUGCUAGUUAACAUAUGUUAAAAGAUCCAGAUUAUAUAUAGUAUAUACGUCUUUCCUCGGCUGAAACAACGUUCAACUUAAAUUUGGUAGUAAAAUGUUUAAUAUAUUUCAAAGGAGUUAAAAAGUUUAAAUUUCAAAAAUUGUUACUGCAUAUUGUUAUCUCACAUCGACACCCAAAUGUUCAUGUACUGCUAUAAAACAUUGCAUUUAUUUUGGGAAAUUUGAAAUGACAUUGAUAAUCAUUCAAGCUUAAGAAAGGUGCAAUAGAAACUGUACAACAAUGAUCAAAUCACUCAGGCACAAUGGAUUAUAAAUUUGAAAAUUGUCUCAAAAUUCCUCAUAUCAAAUGUAUAUUACCUCCCUUGGGAGACACAGUUAUUUUCCUUGAAAUUUUAUAUUGUGAUGAUAUUGGUUGAUAAUGACCAUAUUAUCACAUUUGCUGCAAACAUUAUUUGUAUGUAUAUUUUUUUUGCUUUAUACUGUGUAUAUUAUUAUUUUUGACAUUGUUUUAAAAUAAUUGUAAAAAGACUGAAAUUUAAGUUAUUAAAUUUCCUUAGUAGAGGUAGAAUUAAUUAAUUCACAAAAUGUAUUCCAGUCAGUCAGUUUCAUGAAAUGAAAUGACCAAAAUUAGAUUAUGUGCACAUUAAUAAAUUUAAACCAUGACAUUUUUUAUUUUUUAACAUCACUAGUUAAUGUAGUGCCUUACACAAUGUAUGUCACAGUAGAAAGUUCAUGUUUCUUAGACCAAAAAAAAAUAUAUACCAUCUAAUUGAAAUCAUUUUAUGUACACAUUUUUUCAACAUAGAUAAAAUUGAUGUUCAUUGUUGUGAAGGUUUAAAGGUCUUAUGCAAACAAAGAAUUUAGCAAGUGUUUUUUUUUUUAAUUUUCACACUGGGAAUAUAAUUAUAAAAAGAAAAAUUUUAAUAAUUGAAAUUACUGUUGAUGGCAUAAAUUUGCAAUGGAAAAUUUGAAAGAAAAUUCUUUUACAAAUUCACAUAUUAACUUUAAAAUUAAAAGAUAUACAUGCAAAAUUUCGUCUCACCUUUCAGGCAUAUAGUACGGUAUUUUUCGUUGCUGAAUGUGACAUUAUUUGAGAUCUAAUUAUUUAGUCAACUCUUUACAACCUUUUGCAAUUAAACAUGAAAAAGUUCAUUAGUCUGUUAAGAUUGUACACUAUGAUAUGAAUUUAUUGUUUAAUAAGUUUGGAAAAAUUCCUAUAUAACAAUAUUUUCAUAAUGUGAUGUUAAAAUAUAGCAGAAAAUAUCAUGGAAAUUUGAUCAUGUUUGGAACAUAAAAUCUAAUUUUUAGAUUAACAAAUACAGAAUAGUGUUGUGACUCUUAAACAAAACAAAAAAAGUUCAAUAUCAGUCAUUAUUUUUGUUUUAUUUUUUUGUUUUUGUUUUAAACUAAUUUUUAAUUUGCUAUAUAUAUACUCUUUUUUUUUUUACUGUAAAUAAACUUUAUUUUUAAAACAAAAAUCAUAAAAAACUUACUCCUCAUAAUAAUUUGCUGCUGAUUUCUCAUCUAAAUUAAAUGCUGACUUUCAAUUUUGAAUAAUACAAUGAAAUGUCUGACCUUUACCCUUUUAUGAAGUUUUGAUUUGAUAAGACAGUUCACUGUAUCAGAACAAUAAAGCAAUAUCGUCUGCAUAAAGUAAUGCCGAUAAUUUCCUGUAUUAGGUCAUUUGUGAAAAUUGAAAAUAAUGAAGGCAAUAAAUUGUCACCUUGUUUUACACCAGUCAAUUUUGAUGUUCAUCUCUGUAGAGAUCACCUAGUAGACAAGUACUUUUAUAUAACAAAAAUAGUUAAAAGAGGUUUAAAAGAGAGGGAUUGCUAAGUGACAUAUAAUUAUGAUCAUGGACAUUUUAAAUGUCUAGUCAUAUUGAUAUUUAAGUGUAAUUAUAUAGUUUUCAUUAUUUUUUUUGGACUUAAAUCAGUAGAUUUCAUAACUAUUCUGACAUAUUAACUGUAUUUCCACCAACAAAUGAAUUCAAGUCAAGUUAUUUUGAAUAUGGAAUACAUUAUAAGUAAUGCACACAAUUAUUUAUUUAAAUAACCUUAUACACAUUUCAUAUUAUACUUUGUUUUUUACAUUAGAAUUCAUACAAAAUGUUAAAAGAAAUCAUUCACCUUUAGAAGGUGUUUACAUAUUAAUUUCCAGCCUGAUUAUUUUGAGACUUAAUCAAAAGACCAAUUUUGGUUAUAUCCAUUUUGUAAAUGGUUCCAAAGGUCUUGUUAGCGAUUGAUGAUGAUCACUGAAAGUCUUCUCAAUUAUGAAGAUUGCCAAUGAAAUUUAAAUAUAAAAUGAAACCAGUUCAGGCCAGGUCAGCCCACUGGAUCCUGAUAGUUCUUCUUAUGAACAGUUAUCUACCAGUCAAAAAUUGUAAAUCAAUAAAAACAAAUAGGCAAAAUUUUCCAUAUUUACACUAAUUGAUAGAUAAAUAAUAUAUGCUGUCAAAGUGCAAUAUAGCAUAGCUACAUUUUUCUAUAGUAAUAUUGCUUCAUACUACAUAUUAUCUUGAAAGACCAACGCUUGAACAUAAGAAUUUUUUUUAUUAACAAUACAUAACAUGAUUUAUGUCCCCUUUGGAAAAUAUUUUAUAUAACAUUUUAGGCAAAAACAUAUAAAGAUUGUGGCAAAUCUGCUGAGUUCAAAGCUUUGCCAUCAAUAUGCUUUCUCAGUUAAUGAAACCAGUAACAGUUUUAUCUAUCCUACCUCAUAUGCCUAAAUGAAUUAGGCUGUCGUUCAUUUGACGUGCACCAGCUUGUAGCGGUGUUUUAUCAAAUUUCACAUGUUAAUUCACAAAAAUACCCUCUAUUAGGGUGAUCAAGAUGUAAAUGGAAGAAAUUAAACUGAAUAAUAACUAUUCCCAUACCAAUAUGGAUUUUAAAUUGCUUGAAAGUAAGACAUAUAAAGUGCCUUCAGAGUAUAUAUGUACUAUGCUCAACAUGGCCAGUAAAAGACUUGCUAAAAUGUGCUAAAAACGGAUAGUUUUUGUUGGAAGCUGAUUCGAUAUUAGUAUGAAAGCAUGAUCUAGUUAAAAAAUCAUAAUGUAGCUAGGUUUGAAUCAGAAUUUGGGUAUCAGAAAAGUACAUGUGUAAUAUUUAACCUGAGAAUAAGAAUAGAAUGAAUUCCAGUAUGUUUUAAGACUUUUUAAGAAAAGGUCUUUAAAAGUUAGUGAUAACAAAUUAUGACAUAAAGGCACAAGCAUAGGAUGUCAUAUUUAUUUAUUUUUUCACAAAAUUUGAUCUCUACUAUGAAGCAACAUUUUUAAAAGUUUGAUAAAUAAUAAAUGUGUAGUCUUAAUUUAUGAAAUUGUAAUUUGUUUUUGUGAAUAAAGUUUUGUAAUCAUCACUUACAUUAUCAUCAAAUGACAAUUAUGUAUUUCAACAUCAGAUACUUUAAAUGUGUUAACCAGUUUUCUUGCAACUUUCAUGGUCAGUUCAAUCGAAAAAAAUAUCUACAGAUAAUUGUAAGUAGUUGUAACCCAGUUAUACAGCUCAGUGGCGGAUCUAGAAAUUUUCAUAAGUGAGGGCCCACUGACUGACCUAAGAGGGCCGCUCCAGUCACACUUCAGUGAUUCCCUAUAUAAGCAAACACAUUUUUUCCCAAAAUGGGGGGGCCAAGGCCCCCUAAAUCCGCCUCUGCAGCUUGAUUCAGAUAGACUCACCUUAAAAGUUCGAAUCAAAUCUAUUUCUUAACUCCUCAAAUUUUUAUAGUUCAACUUUCCUUAGAAAUUUUGUAGAAUUGACCAGUUGCAAUGGAAAGUUAAACACCUAAGUGUUUCUGGAGUAGGUAAGCAUCACCUUCAAUUGCCUGUAAAAUGUGGGGAUUUAACAGUAAACUUGUAAUUUGAAAGUUUGUGAUUUAAAUAAGUAUUCAAUGAUUUGGCAUAUAAAUAGUCUGAAAAUUUAGACAUGCCAUCAAGUCUCAUAUAUUAGAGUCGUGGUUGUCUACUUUUUUACAAUUUUCAUUGUGUGAUUGGAAGUGGUGCUUGAAAUACAUAAUUAACUCUCUAAGAGUUUACACUAACAUAUCUUUAAUUUUGUGUACACAUGCUUUAAUAUAAUGUAUAAUACUAUCAUGCAGUUCCAUUGUAACUUUAAAACAUCCAUUAUUGUUAUAAAAACAUACUAGUAAUUGAUCAGUAAAAUAAGAAAUGUGAUAUUUUUUUGUGAUGAAUUUUUAUUAUAACAUUACCAAAUAAGCUAUGACCCAUGCUAUUUUGAAGAGUGCUAGAGGUUAAUUAAGGGGAGGUCAAUCUUGAUUUAGGGAGAUAACUCUAUAAACCACUAAUGUGUUUGAAAUACACGUUUUCAUCAAUGCUUUUUAAGCAUUCUUUAAAACUGAAAUAAAAUAGUCUGUGUUACCCAGAAGCUUUGAAUAUUUUGAUGAAAGUAGUUGGCACAAACGUACCAGAGAUUUUUAAGAGUGAUGUCCCUUGUCAAGGAUUUUUUUACCCCUCAACUAAGCUGUAAUUAAUUUUUCAGUUCAAACCAGUAUUUAAAUUAGCAGUCCACAUUGAGAUGGAUGGUUCUCUACGUGAUGUACAGCUACCUCCAUUGAUAAAAAAUUAUCAACACAAUAACAUGAAAGUGUCUUUAAACAGCAACAAUCAAUUAAUGGAUUUUUGUCUUCUUCUAGACAGAAUGUUUUGUAAUUUGGCUCAACUCAAUGAGCCUUAAAAAGAAAGGCUUCAAUUUGAUAUUUGGUCCCUGCUUAUCAUAAACAAAAUUCGUGAUUGUUUGGGAUCUGUAAUAGCAAGAUUGUAAAAUUAAGCUUUAGGACUUGGAACACUUAAAUUACAACAUUUAAUAAGAAUUAUUUUUUUCACUGGUUAAAAUGUAAGAAAACAGUGCCCCAAGAGAUUCGAUUUCCAAAUGGGAAAACAAUAUGAGAAAACAAAAUACAUAAACAGCUCAGUGUAAAUAGUCCAUGCUCGUAAUACUAGCCAAAAACUUAUGCAGGGUCAUAUCACAAAACAAGCAAACUCAGGGUGAAAAACAUCAAAAUGGUAGAUUUUAUAAUGCCAUCUAAAGUACAUGUCAUGUGUGUCAGCGUUGUCAGUAUUGUCAUCACCAUUGUCAUCCAUAAUCAACGUUGUUACCUAUAUCAUACGUACCGGUAAAUCAUGUGUAUGCAUGUAAUUUUGUGAAUUAAUAGUGUGUGUUAUUAUAUUUGUGUGGAUACUUAUAGUGACCUUAAGAAUUGUAAAAAUGUCAUGAAUGAAAUAUAUACAUCCUAUAUUAUUGCUAUAGAUAAUGUUAUACACAGCAGCCCAAUGUGUAUGCUGUGUUGGAUAGAAGUUGAUAAUGAGUGAUAAUUUAGAAAAAUCUUUAAAAAAAGCCAAUAAAUUUCUAAAGCAUCUUUUGACCAUUGCAUCAGUAGGCAUUUCAAAGAAAAUGUUGAAAGUCAUAAACAGUACAAUAAAACUUGAGCUGUCAUAUCCUUAAAAUAAAUAUUACAUUUUAAAUCUGAACCUAGCAUCAGUGAUGAUAUAUGUUGUUUACAGUUGUGAUUUGGUGUUAUUGCACAUACUAACUCUUCCUCUAAGAUAAGAUGAGGUUUUAAAAUAUUCAAUUCCUAUCUAGCACUGUCAGUUUGAAAAUACCAUUGAAAAUAAAGUCUUAAUUGUAAGAUUGGCAACAUGCAUUUAUUUGUUUGUACCUUUCACAAACUUUUGAACAUGGUUCUAUUUGUAUUUAUUGUGAGGCCUAUCAAUUAGACAAUAGAAGCUCCCCGUGUGACUUCAGGGAUGAUUUGGUUAAUUAUUCCCAUACUCACACUGAUAAGAAGUUGAUCAGAUGAUUGACUUUCAAUGGUAUUUUUAUGUGCAUUAUAAGAGCCCAGUAAUCAUGUUCAUUUUUCACAUGGGGAGAAAAAGUGGUACCCAUUAUGUAUAUAUUUUCUAUUUGAAAUGAAGAGUUCAAGUGUUUGCUAUUUCCAUUGGUCUGAAGUUUGAAUGGAAACCCUUAGAUGCACAUUAAAAUUGUAAAGAAAAUACAUUGUACAUAACAAAAAAGUAAAUGAUGUAAAAUUGAAAAUAUGAAUUUUAAGUGAAAUAUGGUUUUGUACUAUGUUUUCACUGAUUGCAAUGUAAAUGAAGUAAAAUGAACCCAAUGAAGUGGGACGCAGAAAUUAAUUAUGUGAACAAUUAGAAUGUUCGUCAGGGUUUCUAUGUAUCUUAAUACCAGCCUGUGCUUACAUUUGUGAGAAUGCUAAUUGAUAAUAACAAUUGUACAUAUUAUACAAUAUUUAUUGACAACAAUUUUGACUAUUUAUUUUUUUUUAAUACGAAGCUCAAGCUAAUGGUAGAUAUUUUGUAUUAUAUAAAUAGGUAGUGCAAACUUGUCAUGAAAUGAAGCAGCGAUUUAACAGUAUUUAUUUAGUCGCAAUAGAUAGAUUGUCAUAUAUACCGGUACACAAAUAUCAAUAAAGAUCUGAUUUCUUAAUUCAUGUAACAAAUGUUUUUGAAUUUAUUUUCAAAUUUAAAAACAAUUAAGUUUGAAGGACUUAUUUCUUACGACACCAAUUUCAACAUGACAAAACUUCAGUAAAUCUUUUAAUACAUAACUGAUGUAUAAUUUUCACAUUGAUGAUGAUACUUUUGACUAGUUGGCACUUGUUUGAAUAGCUGUGAAUGAUUGAAACAUUCUGUAUAAAGUAUGUUUUAAAAUAGGUGUUAAAUGUUAUAUACACAUGAGAACUUUAGAGCUUGUUAUGAAUGGGGUAAAAUGACUAAAAGUUCAAUUAAAAUUUCCUAGUCAUUUUCAUAAAAAUGAUGUGCUAAACUGAGCUAUACAAAGGCUUGAUGAAAAAUCCAAGAGCUCAAAGAAUGUUUCCUAUAGAGGCAUGAUUUACCUCUUGGCAACUUUCCAAUUCCAAAUUAUUCUAUGAUGCUUUUUGUAUAUUUUUUUUCUGAUUUGUUUUAGUUGCUAUUCAGUUUUGUGAAAAAAUGCAACGCAUUUAAAUUCAUAUACUUGUCUAGAUAAUCUUGCCAAAAUAUUUACAAAUUCAUAUAAAGUUUUCAUAACUUUUUGUGGAUUUGUAAAUAUUUUCAAACAAUUUAUACCUUGAAUUUUGAUAUUUUGUUAGAAGACGGACCCCAUACUUCUCAGAUCAGCACUUUAACGUCAUGAGAUUUUGAUGUUUCUGUAUUGUACAAAAUUGAUUGCUGUACAACAUUAUUACUUUGUUAAUAUUGUAUUUAGUUUGUAUAUAGAAGUAAAACAAGGCUGUGUGAUGUUUUUACUGUUGUCUGUUGUUAAGGUAUUUUGUUAAGUAGGUCACAGCAAUCAAAUUUUAUUCAGUCCGCAUGUUAGUUAUUAUCAUUUCACUGAAGUAUUUCCAGUUCAAUGAUCUUAUUGAACUUAUUUGGUUUUCUCUAUUUUAUUAGAAUUACUUGUUGGUAUUACUUUUUUAUGGUGCUUCUGAGACCGAUCAUAGAUUUCUAUAUUGCAAUAUCAAAUCUUUAAGAAACCUGUCUGAACAGAAUAUGUUUCUGUUCUUAUCAAAAGCUCUUGUUAGUCAAUUAUUUAAAGGUAGAUGAUAAAAGCUGGAGGCCAAGUCAAAGCUAAAGUAUUUACUAAAGAAUACUUUUAUAGUGAAUUUAUCCACAAAAUUUUGAUAUUCUUUAACUUGGCUUUAGUGUAUCAGUUUCAUCAAGGUAAUUGAUUAAAAAGAGCAUAAACUAUUAAGUUUUUGAUAUAUUUAUUACUUUUUUCUGUUAGUAGACCAAUACCAAGGUUAAAUCUGGUGUCAGAGGCAUUUCAUGUGGUUAGAUUUUUUGAUAAGCUUUAAAUACAAAAGAUAUAUUUCUGUUGUAAAGUUUGAGAGAAAGUUGUACAAUAUAAUUUUUAGAAGCUUUGACAAGUUUAAAUGUUAUGAUUAUUUGUUUUUGAAAUAUUUUAAACUGUUGCUUAGAUACAAUAUGGAAUUAUACAUAGGGAAUAAAAUGGAUUGUAUGUUGUAUAAAUUAUCACAAGAUAUUUUGUGUUAUGGUUAAUUAUUCUUGAUAUUUAUAUAUUUUGUUGUCAUUUCUUUAUAUGAGAAAUUUAAUUUUGAAUUUCAAUUUACUUUAUAGUGUAUAGUGUUGAGUUCAGGAUGAGAGGGGUUCAGAAACACCAAUUCCUGUCGUUUUAGGAUGUCAGAAAAGCUGAAAUUGACUUAUGAAGUUAAAUUUGAAAUUAAUUACUUACAUUCUAAGAGAACGAGUCCCUUCAGUGUUUAGCUACAGUGAAAGUAGAUUUUGAAUUAAUUUUGACUUUUUAUAUACAACCUUCUAAAAUGUAUUCUCUAAUGGAUUGGAUUACAAGAUUGAAGUAAAAAAUCAAAUUUCAAUUUUCAUUUAUUAUCUCAGAUUUUCAAACCUCCAUAUUAAAUUUUUUUUGAGACUGACCAUAUGGGUUAACACUUUGUACAUUCUAAACCAAUUCGUAUACAGGUCUUCAUUAUGGAAUAUUUUUUGCUUGAACUGGAUUUUAUACAUCUAUUAAAUAGUGGGUCUUUUUUUUACAGAUCUGCAAUAUGAUUUAUAUUAUUUACAUUUUGGGGUACAAAUUUUAUGACAUUUAACAGACCAAAGGUGUUUAUUAAGGACCUUUCCUAUCUUUAGGUCAUUUGAAAACUAACUUUUUAAUGUUGGGUUAUAAACUUUUGUACUGGUUUUGAAAGACCAUUUUAUGUAUAUUUAAGAAUGAUCUUUUCUGGGUCUCUAGUAGACCAUAAAUUUAUAUAUAAGGGUAUGAAUUGUGUAUGGGCCUUUGUGGACCGUGUAUGUUUCUCCAUGGACUGUGUAUGGGCCUUUGAGGACCGUGUAUGGUCCUCCGUGGACCGUGUAUGGUCCUCCAUGGACUGUGUAUGGGCCUUUGUGGACUGUGUAUGGUUCUUCGUGGACUGUGUAUGGUCCUUGGACCGUGUAUGGUCCUCCAUUGACCGUGUAUGGUCCUCUGUGGUCUUUGUAUGGUCUCCUGUGGACCAUAGGUCUCCUCUAGACCACUAAGGGGUUAAUUGCUUUUGUAUAGAAUGCUGAUGAGUGUGUAAAUGGGUGUUGUCUAUAUUUAUUAUCAUCUCAUCUCUCAUUUCAUCAUUCUUCUUUUUAGAUUGUAAUUUAGAUGGUUUUGUAUAAAAAUAAAAUGAAAUUUAAAUAUGAA